AUGACAACUGAGAGCAGCACUGGUGGACACGAUGAGACCGUCCAAGACGGCACGCCCGACUACGCCAACCAAGCAGUUUUUCGGCGCAACACGCUGCCGCCGCGCUCCUACUGGAUCCCCGAAACCGCACUCUCCCUGAACGGCACCUGGAACUUUCACUACGCUGAAAGCCCGCUUCAAGCCCCGGAGAUCCGCGACUGCAAGCCGGGAGACUGGCGCACGAUCCCGGUGCCGGCGCACUGGCAGCUCGAAGGGUACGGCCGUCCGCAGUACACCAACAUCGUGUAUCCCUUCCCCGCGCAGCCGCCGCACGUACCCGACGAGAACCCCACGGGCACCUACGCGCGGUCGUUCUCGGUGCCGGCGGGGUGGGCGGCGGACGCGCAGCUCCGGCUGCGCUUCGACGGCGUGGACAGUGCGUACCACGUCUGGCUCAACGGGCAGUUUGUCGGGUACGCCCAGGGGAGCCGCAAUGCAUCCGAGUUUGACGUUUCGUCUGUCGCUCGCCGCGAUGGCGUGAAUGAGCUUCUGGUAAGGGUGUACCAGUGGUCGGACGGGUCGUACAUCGAGGACCAGGACCAGUGGUGGCUGUCAGGAAUAUUUCGCGACGUUCAUCUGCUUGCGUUUUCGGCGUCUUGCAGAAUCGAAGACUUUUUUAUCCGCGGAGACCUAGACUCUGCAUACCAACACGGCUUGUUGCGCGUCGAGGCAGGUGUACACUGCCCCCUCGGCGGCACCAUCUCCGUCACACUUCGGGAGCGGGGAGGACAAGGCACGAAAAUUGCUUGUCAAGAGGUGCAAGAUAUACUUCCACAUGUUACAAACGCUCAAUUCUCCAUUCAUGUCGAGGAUCCGGCCAAGUGGACUGCCGAGACACCCCAUCUGUACCACGUCGAGAUCGUGCUGGCUUCGGGCACAGAGUCGACGACUGUGACCCAUGAUACCGGUUUCAGAAAGGUUGAGCUCAAGGACGGACUGAUCAAAGUCAACGGAAAAGCUAUCCGGUUCCGAGGCGUGAACCGCCACGAUCACCACCCGCGAUUUGGCCGCGCGGUGCCGAUCGACUUCAUCCGUCGAGACCUCCUCCUCAUGAAGGAGCACAACAUCAACGCACUGCGCUGCGCCCACUAUCCCUCGCACCCUGCUCUGUAUUCCAUCGCCAACGAGAUCGGCCUGUGGCUGAUUGACGAGGCCGAUCUGGAAUGCCACGGGUUCGCCGAGGUCGUCGCCGACAACACCGCCGAGUGGGACGGCAGCGAGACCGCCUACCAGGAGCUCGUCACCACCAUCUCCGGCGCCGCGCGCAAGUACCUGAGCGACAACGCCUCCUGGAAGGCCGCCUACCUCGACCGCAUCACCCAGCUCGUCCACCGCGACAAGAACCACCCGAGCGUCAUCAUCUGGUCGCUGGGCAACGAGUCGUUUUGCGGCCAGAACCUGGUCGCCAUGUACGACGAGUGCAGGCGGCUGGACCCCAGCCGCUUGAUCCACUACGAAGGGGACACGGACAUGGGCACGAGUGAUAUGCACUCGUACAUGUACCCGGAGCUGGACGCCCUCGAGCGCAGGGCGCUGACUACGGGCGUGGCGGACGACGGGACGGCCGCGAAGCCCAUCUUGCUCUGCGAGUACGCGCACGCCAUGGGCAACGGCCCGGGGCUGCUGGAGGACUACGAGGACGUCUUUCGCAGACACCCGCGCGUCCAGGGCGGCUUCAUCUGGGAGUGGGCGAACCACGGCCUGCAGACGAGCGACCAGGCCGGGCAGGGGUUCUACGCGUACGGGGGCGACUUUGGCGAGACGGUGCACGACGGGACGUUUGUCAUGGACGGGCUGUGUAGCAGUGCGCACGAGCCGAUGCCGGGACUGGAGGAGCUGAAGCAUGCGUACUCGCCGGUGGCGUUUGAGCUUGUUGGUCGGAGCCUGAGGAUUGAAAAUAGGCAUGACUUCGCGGACCUGGGCGGCUUCGUGCUUACAGUCGAGCUGCAGGAGCUCGGCGAGAGUACCGCCAGAACCAUCCUCACCAGCUCCAGCGCGCUGCCCCCCGCCUCUGCAGGUACCAAGACGAGCGUGGAACUCGACGAUGCCAUUUUCAACCAGACUUGCGACUCGGAGCUGCUUCUGACGGCAAGCUUGACGCUGUCCGCAUCUACAAAAGGCCUGCCCGCCGGGCACGAAGUUGCCUUCUUCCAGCACCAAAUCGCGCCCCCGGCACGUCUCACCCUCCGCCCGCAGCCCACCACCUCGUCCCCGCGCCCAGAGAUUCGCCAGACGCGGGACACCCUGGCCAUCACCACCGCCAAGUCCGUUCUGGAGUUCUCCCGCCUCCGCGGGCUGCUGCGCAGCUGGACGUCCACCUCCGGUGCGCAGCUGCUCGCCGAGCCAGGCCCGCACCGCGGCGCCCUCCUGCCUGGCUUCUGGCGCGCGCCGACGGACAACGACAUCCGCGCGGCGCUGCCGCACUGGCGCGCGCUCGGCGUGGACCGGAUGACGAGUCAGCUGCGCGGCAUGAGCGUGGACGAAGCGGAGGGUUCCGGGGUGGUGACGCUGACGACGCGGACGUUCAUCGGGCCGGCGUCGCUGGGCUGGGGAUGGCACGCCACCACCGUGUACCAGAUCCGGCCAGACGGCUCCGCCGUGUCGGUCUUCGUCUCCCUCAGCGCGCCGGUGGGGCCAGCAGUCCCGAAGAACCUCCCGCGGCUAGGCCUCGAUCUCACCGUACCGCCGGGGCUGGACGCUGUCCGGUGGUGCGGGCGCGGCCCCGGAGAGUCGUACCCGGACAAGCGGCACGCGCAGCGCGUCGGCGUCUGGGCGGUGGAGAGCGUCGCGCAGCUGCAGACGACGUACGAGGUCCCGCAGGAGAACGGAAAUCGCACGGAUACUCGGUGGGUGGAGCUGGGCACGGCGGAUAAGCAGACGACGCUCAGGGCGACGAGGAUCGGGGACGCUUUCCCCCUCGGCCCGGGCGGGGAGGUUCCGGCACCGCGAGAGGAUGACGCAAGGCGUGGGUUGUUUGACUUUACGGCCACGCGACAUGCGGCCGAGACGCUGGAGAAGGCUACACAUCCUCACAAGCUAGUACAGGAGGACGCGACGUUGCUACGUUUGGAUGCAGCGGUCAGUGGCGUCGGGACGGCGGCGUGCGGGCCGGGACCACGGGGGAACCACCUGGUGGUGCCUGGAGAAGCCAGCUAUGGAUUUCUUCUGGAAUCGGCUUGA